AUGGCAGCUGUCGCACAGGACUUCACCGCCGAGCCGGUGGCAAAGCAGAACACCACCCACCCCCUUACUCCGUUGUCGGCCUCGGAGAUCGCCACCACUGCUGACUUGCUGAGAUCAGUAUGGCCCGCCCAUACCGACCUUCGCUUCAAGAUCAUUACUCUUGACGAGCCACCAAAGAAGCAAAUGAUACCUUAUCUCGAGGCUUCAUAUAGUGGUUCGUCUUUGCCGUACAUCCCCCGCAAAUCCUUUACAUCAUACUACAUCCGCAACACCAACCGCUUCCAUGAAGCCGUUGUCGACCUUUCAGCAGGCAAGGUUGAGAGCAAUGUCCGUCUCGGCCCAAAUGAGCACGGAAAUGCCGACUAUGAGGAAAUCCUCAUGGUGGAAAAAAACGCUCUUGAGGACGAAGGGGUGAAGGCGGCGAUUGCCAAAUUACAACUUCCAGAAGGCACUGUUGUUUGCGCUGACCCCUGGAUCUAUGGUUCCGACGGCAUCAAUGAUGAUGAACGAGUAUUCCAGGUCUUCAUGUACAUGCGCGACCCAGCCAAUCCCAGUGAACAGGAUUCCAACCAUUACGCCUUCCCGCUUCCUAUUUCUCCGGUAAUAGAGUGCAACAGUUAUAAGGUCAUCCGAAUCGACUACCUACCGACAGGCGCUGACAACACCAUCCACGAGCCACGGCCAUACCAAGCCACGCCGGCCAACGAAUAUAUUCCUGAACACAAUACGCUUCGAGAAGACAUCAAGCCCCUAAGGGUCACCCAACCUGAGGGUGCGUCAUUCACGCUGACCGCGGCUGGCGAGACAGGACACAUCCUCAGAUGGCAGAAGUGGACUUUCUUGGUAGGCUUCAACCAGCGUGAGGGCAUGGUUCUUUAUGAUGUUCGAUAUGACGGGAGACCACUUUUCUACCGUCUUUCGCUCUCCGAUAUGAGUAUCCCUUAUGCGGAUCCCCGCCAUCCAUUCCACAAGAAGCAGGCUUUCGACCUUGGUGAUGCCGGUGCCGGCGUGAUGGCCAAUAAUCUAAAGCUCGGAUGCGACUGCCUGGGACAUAUCCAAUACCUGUCGGCAUUUUUCACGGAUGAUAAAGGUGUGCCAACACCAUUCGAGAAUUGUGUGUGCAUUCAUGAACAAGAUGCUGGAAUCGGCUGGAAGCACACCAAUUACCGGACUGGCCGCGCUGCGGUAGUUCGGAACAGAGAGCUGGUGUUACAGAGCAUCAUCACUGUCUCUAACUAUGAGUACAUCUUGGCAUUUAUGUUCAACCAGGCUGGAGAAGUUAUUUAUGAGGCACGAGCGACUGGUAUUCUCAGCACCCAGCCUAUCGACCACGAGCUCGACCAAGUAGGCGUUCCAUUCGGUAGCGUGGUGCACCCUGGCGUGCUUGCAGUUCAUCAUCAACAUAUUUUCAGUCUGCGCGUGGAUCCGAUGCUGGAAGGGCAUGACAAUCGACUAGUCUAUGACGAGGCGCACGCAAUGCCAAUUGAUAAGGACUGGAACCCGCACGGCAUUGGAUACACCGUAUCGGAGACUGUUGUUGAGAAAUCUUCAGGAGUCGACCUCGACACUUCGGUGAAUCGAACAUUCAAGAUCCAAAAUGCCGGCGUCCGCAACCCAAUCAAUGGAAAACCGGUGGCAUAUAAGAUCCACGUGCCGGACUUCCAGAAGAUCCUCGCGCACCCGUCGUCCUACCACCACAAACGGGCAGAAUUCGCCGACCACAAUAUCUACGUCACGUCUCACAAAGACCGCGAGUUGUACGCCGGUGGGUGGUACACGAACCAGUCACGAGGUGGAAAGGGAGUGCGCAGCUGGGCCGACCGCAAGGACAAUGUCAAGGACACGGAUAUCGUGGUGUGGGUUCAGUUCGGCAUCAACCACGUCCCCCGCAUCGAGGAUUUCCCUGUGAUGCCGUGUGAGAUCAUCAAGGUGAGCCUGAAGCCGGUCAACUUCUUCGACAAGAACCCGGCGCUGGAUGUGCCUCCGAGUGAGCAGAGCUUCAACCAGAGCACGCUUGUGGCGGAGCAGCACCAUCAGCCUGCUGUUGAGGCCGUUGUGGGAGGGGAGUGCUGUGCGGAUUCGUCGUCAAAGAGCAAAUUGUAG